AAACCCAGGCUUUAAUGAUUAUAAGAAAAAAAAAUCUAUUUCUAGCACGACAUUACUCGUCUCGUCUCCGCCAUUUUAUUUCGUUGUGACUGAUGGAUGGUCUGAACAUCACCCAUGAUUAAAAUCUUGAAGAUCUCUCGAUUUUUUCUCGAAAAAGCAACUUGAAUUCUGAAAUUUAGAUGUAAAUCAGCAGCAAUCAGAAUCCGGUCAUCUCUGGUGAAACGUCAGAAUGGCGACUCGAAUCAACGACUUGCUUUCACAAAAUCUUCAAUGUCCAAUAUGCCUCAAUGUGUACAAGGAACCGAAGUUACUUUCCUGCUCUCAUACCUACUGCAAGGAAUGUCUGUCUCGGCUUUUCACGUCUCAGCAACACCGCGUUAAGUUGUCCUGCCCAGUUUGCCGUAAGGACACCGCUGUCCCCAGGGGCGACGUCGGCAACCUUCAGGUCAAUAUUCCUAUCCAGGGCAUGGUGGAUGAUGUCAAGAAUCAAAGUCAGCUAUGCACCGUCUGCAAAGACAAGGCAUUGGCUGCUACCUACUGCCAAGAGUGCGAUGACUUCAUGUGCGUCGAUUGCUACAAGACCCAUGCCAAGUGGGACAAGUUCGCCGGACAUGACGUGGUUAAGGUCGAAGACAUCAUCUCCGGCAAGGUCGUGACGAAGCAGCGUCGCAAAUGCAAGAAGCAUCGGUCGGAGGUCGAGGAGUGCUUCUGUGUCGAGUGUAAGAAGUAUGUCUGCUUCCGAUGCGGGAUGAUGGAACACACCAAGUCUGGCCACAACAUUCUGGAGGGACUGGAACAUGAAGAUCAGCAGAGGGAGAAGAUCCAUGGGUUGCAGAGUAAGAUGGGUGCCAAGAGAAGCAAGGUAGAUGAAUACAUCAGCUUCAUUGAGAGGCAACAAGCAAGGCUUCAGAUCGUCCAGGAACAACUGGCCGAUGAGAUUAGCCAGACCUGUGAGGAAUCUAUUCAGCAACUGAAAGAGAGGAGGGAUGUUCUCAUCGAGGAAUGCAAGAGUCGUUUGAAUGGAAUGACCAAAGAGCUUCAGGUCAUGAAAGAUGAGAGUAAGUUAGAGAUGGGUCAGAUUGAGGACGUGGGGAAUUUGGUUGGGAAUGGCGUCAAGGCACCGCUGGAAGGUGAGGCUCUGGUUGCCCAUGACACACUCUGCCAGGAACUGGAAAAGAUCCUUGCUAAGGGUGAUCCCGAUUACAGCAAGCCCAAGGAUACAACCAAGAAAGGCCACAAAGUGGCUUUUCAGCGCAUACGCUGUCAACAAGCAGGCCAAAACGAGCUUGAUCUAGGCAAGAUUGAAGAAGCUGAAUGGAGCUUCUUAAAGUCUAUCGACUUUCCUGUCAAGGAUGGCAUCAAUUGCUUGACAUCUAUGCCCGAUGGAAGAAUCGCCGCUGGAUCCCGCUUUGGUGGUCUUUAUCUAAUAUCUCCGAAUGGCUCACAUUCCAUUGGCCUUAAAGAUGUCCCGAUUAGACGGGUUGUCUUUUUCCCCAAUGGGAAUGUUGUUAUCAGAGAUAUCCACAAUACUAUCAGCACUUACUCAAAGACUUUCGCAAAGCUCGAGAUAGCCUUCAAGAGUCUUAGCAGUGAUGCUGGUGGGUUUGGUGGUCUGGAGAUUGACACCAUCAACAACACCAUCCUCUGCAGUUACACGAAAGCGAAGAAGUUGUACGUGUUCAAGCAGACCGGCGGGAAACCAGUCAAUAUCAUUCAGUUUGUAUUUGAACCCCAUGAGAUCUUCACUCUGCGUUCGGGUAGGGUCCUGGUAAUGGUCGAUGAUUUCACGGUUGGUGUUCUUGACGCCACCAGCAGCACCAUCCAAAACCGAGUGACCAGAGAUGGUCGCUAUGCGAGCCCUGCCGUGUGCAUGGAUGGGUCUAUUCUCAUUGCCUGGGUAGAUCAUUCAAAUGGCUCUGUUUCCAUUGAGCAGUACUCACGGGAUCUCCACCAGAUCAGGUCAUUGGUUCAGAAGACGAUUCCGAUCCCGCAACAUCCCUGGUACCAUCUUCGGGAGUUCAGGUCAGGGGAACUUGGCCUUUGCUCUCCUGACCAGUUGCACAUCUUCAAAAAGACCGUUUCGGCCUGAGAUGAUCUAUCUGAUUCCUGACCAAUUUUGUCGUUUUUUCGUCUAUCGAUCUACCUUUUUUUGCACAUAAACAUUAGAAAACAUAUCGCCCCAUAGAAAACGUCAUAGAUACUCGUUUCUUUUUCUUCUCUAUUUUAAUUUCAGCGGUUAGACAUGGCUUUCAAGUGGUUAUCAGUUCUGUCUAGCAAAAACCUUUGUCUCUUCAUUAUGUUCAUCUCAACCGCUUAUAGCCAUGAAUUAGUUUUGGAAGGGGCGCGCUAAACGCGCGAAGCGCUCUUUUUUGGGAGGAGAGUGCAGGGCAACAUAAGGGCGAUGAUGUUCCUCUUUGAUUUCGGACCCUGGUCAACGGAAUGCGUGACCUUCUACAGAUCAAAAUAUCGUCCGAAGAGUGCGAUGACCCCCCCUCCCACUGAAAUUUCAUCAUUUUGUACAGCGGCCACGGAAUGAACAAAAUUAUCACGAAUUCGCCGCCUUAUCAUUUUCCGCUUCAUUGGAUUAUGUUCUCGCGCCUUUAGGCAAGAAGUAAAACAUUUGAUUCAUAGAAAACGACGCAUUCCUUUGAUUAAAUGUAAAAGUUGACGGAAAUUUUGUUGAUACAUAUGUAAUAUCAGAUUUAAAGACGACAAGAAACGAUAUCUAAAUGAUAUGUGGGAUUUUGUUUUAUUCAUUUAGCUGUCAUACUUCUGUAUUCAAACUGUAUAUCUUACAGUGUCUUAAUGUGACACAUUAACUUGAUGAGUCUUAUCUUACUAAUUCCUACCUUACAUUUUCCU